UUGUUUGUUUUCAUGGUAUGAGAGCUCCAAACUUGGUGAUUCUGAAACCCUACAACGCUUCCGCAAAACUUAAGCCUAUGUCAAAGAAGAACAAGAGCGAGUCUGAAACUUCACAGCGUGAGGCCACGCUUGAUGUUUCAAAUCCCUACUCCCUACACCACUCGGAUCAUCCGCGUAUGAUACUCGUCUCCAAAUUACUUGAAGGAGACAACUACAGCACAUGGAGCCGUGCUAUGCGAAUCGCCCUGAGUGCUAAGAACAAGAUCUGCUUUGUCACUGGUUCAAUCAAGCCACUUUCCUCAACAGACGCCACUUUUCCUUUAUGGCAGCACUGUAACGACAUGGUCUUGUCAUGGCUCUUGAACUCUAUUCACCCUGACAUAGCAACCAGCGUGAUUUACGCUGAAACAUCAGUAGAGGUCUGGGCAGACCUACAAGAGCGUUUCUCUCAAGGAAACGACUCGAGAAUUUAUCAGAUCAAGCAAGAAAUUGGGGAACACAGACAAGGGCAGCAGUCCAUCUCUGUCUAUUACACUAAAUUGAAAGCUUUGUGGGAUGAACUUUCAUCCUAUCAUCAAAUGGUGAUUUGCACAUGUGGUGGAUUGGAGAACCUCAACAAAAGAGAUGAAAAGGAGAAAGUCAUGCAAUUUCUCAUGGGAUUGAACGAAAAUUAUGGUCCCGUUCGUGGUCAAAUUCUGUUAGUGCAGCCUCUACCCGAUACACGUCGAGUCUAUUCGCUCGUUCUCCAACAAGAAAAGCAGAUUGAAGUCGCUCUCAAUCGCGACUACAUGAACCACCAUGCCAUGCUUGCAGAUCAUAAGUCACAAGCUCCGGCAUAUUCCUUUGCAGAUCAGAACAACAAGACGAUCCAAGCUCAUCAAGUUCAGAAGCAAAAGAAUACGCUGCACUGUUCGUAUUGUGAUCAAGAUUACCACAGCGUCGAACGAUGCUAUUAUCUACAUGGUUUCCCCGUGGGACACAAGCUUCAUGGAAAUAAUGUAAAGCCUCCAAAUCAGCGUCGUUCAAAUGCAAAUCAUGCAAAAUCAGUCAAAGUAACGGAAACCCGAGCUAAACAUCCAUCUUCCAAUGAUGGCCCAAGACUCACAACAGAAGAAUACAACCAAGUCAUGGCCUUGCUUCGGAAAAACAAUAUAUGACGGUAACUCGCCGCAUUUUGCAAAUGCCACAGGUAUUAUUACACCAUCAUCUGAAGUAACACCUCUUGCCUCACACUCAAGUUUAUGUUGGAUUAUUGAUAGUGGAGCCACGGAUCAUGUGACUUCUUCAAUUAAAUUAAUAGACCCAAAGUGUAUGCCUAAGUCGGCUAAUAUUCAGUUACCAGAUGGUGGUCAGACGCCUAUCGAGUCAAUUGGUUCA